GUAUUAGGCCGGCUUGGGUCUCUAGGCAGCCCCUUUCCCUCCUCGAUGUCCCAGGAGGUUAGGGGAGGGACGCGACCUUCGACUGGGGCUUGGGUGCAAAGAGGCGGAGGAUGUCCACUCCUCAUUCUCUUAACCUGUCGUCAUUGAAGAUCCAGCCCACUAGUCCCACAUCUGACCCAUAGAAGGAUAUCUACACCCACCUUUCCCCCCGCCCACACACUCACGUAUCCAAACCCUGGGGAACACAGACUAGUAACUAUCUGUCCUGCUACUGUCUCAAGCCAGGCUUGAGGCUGCCAGGGGUCGUGAUCCAUGAUUCAUCCCCGCCUUUAUCUCAGUUUUGAUAACUUUAUUUUGGAUGGAGAAACAGCCCAGAAUCCACUGGUGGGUCUGUGGGAAACUGGGCAGAAAGCCUCUUCCCUGGCUCAGCGCUGAUGAGCUGUCAGUUCCUUGCUGGAGAAUUUGGCCACAAAGAGUUGCCAAGAUAGCUGGGCCAGGAAGAAAGCGCCGUAGCCCUGACCCAGACGCCGUUGCCGACCCCGGGGCACUCUGGCUGUCGACCAAGCGGCUCAAGAUGUCUGGUGGGGCCAGCGCCACAGGCCCAAGGAGAGGACCCCCAGGACUGGAGGAGGCCACCAGUAAGAAGAAGCAGAAAGAUCGAGCAAACCAGGAGAGCAAGGAUGGAGAUCCUAGGAGAGGUGGUUCAGCAUCUUCUCCUCGGGAGGAACAAACCAAAGAAGAAUUGUUACUCGAUUGGAGGCAGAGUGCUGAUGAGGUAAUUGUCAAGCUGCGUGUGGGAGCUGGUCCCCUGCGACUGGAGGAGGUAGAUGCUGCUUUCACAGACACGGACUGUGUAGUGCGGCUUCCAGGUGGUCGGCAAUGGGGUGGUGUUUUCUAUGCUGAGAUAGAAAGUUCCUGCACUAAAGUGCAGGCUCGCAAAGGCGGCCUCUUGCAACUGUCACUGCCCAAGAAGGUGCCUCUGCUCACGUGGCCCUCUCUCCUGAAGAAACCUCUAGGGACCCAGGAGUUGGUGCCAGGGCUGCGGUGCCAGGAGAAUGGGCAGGAGCCAUCUCCCAUUUCCCUGGAGCCAGGCCCUGAGCCCCGCCGGGUUAAGCAGGAGGCUCGGAACCAGAAGCGGGCCCAGGGCCGAGGUGAGGUAGGCGCAGGGGCUGGCCCUGGGGCCCAGGCAGGACCCAGUGCCAAGAGGGCUGUGCAUCUCCGCAGAGGGCCAGAGGGGGAAGGAUCCAGAGAUGGCCCUGGGCCCCGGGGCGAUGCCCCACCCUUCCUCGCUGAGCCAGCCACCCAGGCUGAGGCUGAGGAACAGCUCCGUGUACCACCACUGAACCCCCAGACCUGCCUCCUGGGCUCAGAGGAGAACCUAGCGCUUUUAACAGGAGAGAAGGCAGUGUCCCCCAGGAAUGACCCAGUGUCCCCAGCCAUGGCCCGGAGCAGAGACCCUGAGAAAGAGCCUGAGUCCAUGGUGAACCUGGCAUUUGUCAAGAAUGACUCGUAUGAGAAGGGGCCGGACUCAGUGGUGGUGCACGUGUACGUGAAGGAAAUCCGCAGGGACACCUCUCGAGUGCUUUUCCGCGAGCAGGACUUCACGCUUAUCUUCCAGACCAGGGACGGAAACUUCCUAAGACUGCACCCAGGCUGUGGGCCCCACACCAUCUUCCGCUGGCAGGUGAAGCUCAGGAACCUGAUUGAGCCAGAGCAGUGCGCCUUCUGCUUCACAGCCUCUCGCAUCGACAUUUGCCUCCGUAAGCGGCAGAGUCAGCGCUGGGGGGGCCUGGAGGCCCCUGCUGCACGAGGUGCAGUGGGUGGUGCAAAGGUUGCAGUGCCGACAGGUCCAACCCCUCUGGAUUCAACCCCACCGGGAGGUGCCCCCCACCCCCUGACAGGCCAGGAAGAAGCCCGAGCAGUGGAGAAGGAGAAACCCAAGGCUCGAUCUGAGGACACAGGCCUGGAUGGUGUGGCAGCCCGCACCCCCGUGGAGCAUGUAGCCCCAAAGCCAGAGCCACACCUGGCUUCGCCCAAGCCUACGUGUAUGGUGCCUCCAAUGCCUCACAGCCCGGUGAGUGGAGACAGUGUGGAGGAAGAGGAGGAGGAAGAGAAGAAGGUGUGUCUGCCGGGCUUCACUGGCCUCGUCAAUCUAGGCAACACCUGCUUCAUGAACAGCGUCAUUCAGUCUCUGUCCAACACUCGGGAGCUGCGGGAUUUCUUCCACGACCGCUCCUUUGAAGCUGAGAUCAACUACAACAACCCACUGGGGACUGGUGGGCGUUUGGCCAUUGGCUUUGCUGUGCUGCUCCGGGCACUGUGGAAGGGAACCCACCAUGCCUUCCAGCCCUCCAAAUUGAAGGCCAUUGUGGCGAGCAAGGCGAGCCAGUUCACAGGCUAUGCACAGCAUGAUGCCCAGGAGUUCAUGGCUUUCCUGCUGGAUGGGCUACAUGAGGACCUGAACCGCAUUCAGAAUAAGCCCUACACGGAGACCGUGGACUCAGACGGGCGGCCUGAUGAGGUGGUAGCUGAGGAAGCCUGGCAGCGGCACAAGAUGAGGAAUGACUCUUUCAUCGUGGACCUAUUUCAGGGCCAGUACAAGUCGAAGCUGGUGUGCCCUGUGUGUGCUAAGUGUGGCCACCCAGUGCCACCGGUGUAUUUGCAGGUCUCCAUCACUUUUGACCCAUUCCUGUACCUGCCAGUCCCCUUGCCACAGAAGCAAAAGGUUCUCCCUGUCUUCUAUUUUGCCCGGGAGCCCCACAGCAAGCCCAUCAAGUUUCUGGUGAGCAUCAGCAAGGAGAACUCCAGUGCAAGUGAAGUGUUGGACUCCCUUUCGCAGAGUGUCCACGUGAAGCCUGAGAACCUGCGUCUGGCUGAGGUGAUUAAGAAUCGCUUCCACCGUGUGUUCUUGCCCUCCCACUCACUGGACACUGUGUCCCCUUCUGACACGCUCCUCUGCUUUGAGCUGCUAUCUCCAGAGUUGGCUAAGGAGCGGGUGGUGGUGCUAGAGGUGCAGCAGCGUCCCCAGGUGCCCAGCGUCCCCAUCUCCAAGUGUGCAGCCUGCCAGCGGAAGCAGCAGUCAGAGGAUGAGAAGCUGAAGCGCUGUACCCGGUGCUACCGCGUGGGCUACUGUAACCAACUCUGCCAGAAAACCCACUGGCCUGACCACAAGGGCCUCUGCCGCCCUGAGAACAUUGGCUACCCUUUUUUGGUCAGUGUACCUGCCUCACGCCUCACUUAUGCCCGUCUUGCUCAGUUGCUAGAGGGCUAUGCCCGGUACUCUGUGAGUGUGUUCCAGCCACCCUUCCAGCCUGGCCGCAUGGCCUUGGAGUCCCAGGGCCCUGGUUGCACCACGCUGCUCUCUACUAGCUCAUUGGAGGCUGGGGACAGUGAGAGAGACCCUAUUCAGCCACCUGAGCUCCAGUUGGUGACCCCCGUGGCUGAAGGGGACACAGGGGUUCCCCGGGCAUGGACAUCUCCUGAUCGGGGCCCUGUGCCCAGCACCAGUGGCGUUUCUUCUGAAGUGCUGGCCAGUGGGCCCAUUGAAGUUGGCUCCUUGCCUGCUGGUGAGAGGAUGUCCCGGCCUGAAGCUGCUGUGCCUGGGUACCAACACCCAAGUGAAGCCAUGAAUGCCCACACACCCCAGUUCUUUAUCUAUAAAAUUGACGCAACUAACCGAGAGCAGCGGCUAGAAGACAAAGGAGAUACCCCACUAGAGUUGGGUGAUGACUGCAGCCUGGCUCUGGUCUGGCGGAACAAUGAGCGCCUGCAGGAAUUUGUGUUGGUAGCCUCCAAGGAGCUGGAAUGUGCAGAGGAUCCAGGCUCUGCCGGUGAGGCUGCCCGCGCUGGCCACUUCACUCUGGACCAGUGCCUGAACCUCUUCACGCGGCCUGAGGUGCUGGCACCUGAGGAGGCUUGGUACUGCCCACAGUGCAAACAACACCGCGAGGCCUCCAAGCAGCUGCUGCUGUGGCGCCUGCCCAAUGUGCUCAUCGUGCAGCUCAAGCGCUUCUCCUUCCGUAGUUUCAUCUGGCGUGACAAGAUCAAUGACUUGGUGGAGUUCCCUGUUCGGAACCUGGACCUGAGCAAGUUCUGCAUCGGUCAGAAAGAGGAGCAGCUGCCCAGCUACGACCUGUAUGCUGUCAUCAACCACUAUGGAGGCAUGAUCGGUGGCCACUAUACCGCCUGUGCACGCCUGCCCAAUGACCGCAGCAGCCAGCGCAGCGACGUGGGCUGGCGCUUGUUUGAUGACAGCACGGUGACAACGGUAGACGAGAGCCAGGUCGUGACGCGUUAUGCCUAUGUACUCUUCUACCGCCGGCGGAACUCUCCUGUGGAGAGGCCCCCCCGGGCAGGUCACUCUGAGCACCACCCUGACCUAGGCCCUGCAGCUGAGUCUGCUGCCAGCCAGGCUUCCCGGAUUUGGCAGGAGCUGGAGGCCGAGGAGGAGCCAGUACCCGAGGGGCCUGUGCCCCUGGGUCCCUGGGGGCCCCAAGACUGGGUGGGCCCCCCGCCACGUGGCCCUACCACAUCAGACGAGGGCUGCCUCCGGUACUUUGUUCUGGGCACCAUGGCAGCUUUGGUGGCCCUCGUGCUCAACGUGUUCUAUCCUCUGGUAUCCCAGAGUCCUUGGAGAUGAGCUCGCCUGCAGGCAGCUGCUGUGAGCUGGCCCACCUGCCUACCCGCCAGGCUAUGCCUGCCUCUGGUGGGGACCAACUCUGGGCUUGGGCCUCAGUGUGUGCAUCUUAGGGGAGAGGGUGGGACUGUGGCUCCUGCAGGGGCAGAGGAUCCUAGGGUGGAUAUCCAUCCAGCUGUCUGUCCGUUUGUCCUGCUGCUCCGACCUUUGGCCUGGGGCUUAGCCCUGCCCAAACAGCUUCCUGUAUUUAAAGUGUUAAUAAAGCGAGACUGUUCAGGCCC